AUGUCAAAAAGCCCAGUUGUUUUAGCUCUACAAACUAUAAUUCUAUUGCAAGGCGUAAGUGUGGUGUUAGGUAAUGAUCUUUCUUUAUUUGCAAGCGAAAUAGGCUCUCAGUUCAAAGACCUAUAUCAGUCACAGCAAUUACUCUGCUCUCAGAAUGCUCUCUACGAGUUCAUUAACGAAUGUCAGCUAAGAGGUGCAGACAGUGUUAGCCCCAAGCUUCGCAUUCAGCUGGCAGUCAAGUUAUCUAUUUGUGAGUUCAAAGAAGCAAAUGUGGAAUACCCAAAAAGCUGCCAGAAUGUUGAAUGUGAUGAAGAUUUCGAAAUUUGUGUCCAGGAGUUUCUGGAAAGUCCACAGCUUUGGACAACUUAUUCUGGUCAUUACAGAAGGCUUAGAUCAGUAUGCUAUGAGGAAGCGGUGCCUUUCAUAAGACAUAAUAUUCUUGAUCUUUUUUUCAACGUCACC